GCUCCUCUUAGAAAGUAGUUUUGAAACAGGUUUGGUGUUUUCGGUAAAUAUUUCCGUGUUUUCAGUGAAAAUGUCUUCAGUUCCGCCUCAGAGAGAGUUUAUCAACGAGCAGGUAACUCCUGCUGGAGAAACAUUCACAGAGUUUAAAGAAAUCAACGUUAAGAUGGAGGAAGAGAUGGAGGAUCAGCGCAGUCUGAUGGAUUUUACCCGGAUACCGAGGAUCAUCUUACACCGGAUAGAUCUCCCACAGUGCUGGGUGUGUAAAGAGGAGGAGGUUCUCAAUGAAUUCAGCAACCAGGAGAGGAAGUCCACUUCAGGUAAAGAAGAACCAGAACAUCAAGAGUUCAAAGAGGAAGAGAAGCAACUCUGCAUCAGUCGGGAUGAAGAGCAGCUUGUGCUGAAACAGGAGACUGAUGACAUUUUGGUGAAUCCUCUUAAUGUGCAAAGAAUCCACAAUGAAACAGAACCACAGAGGAACCAACUCAUCUCUCAUGGCUCUGCUGAGGAUGAGAACCAGGAUCAGGAAGGCAGCAAUUCUGAAGACCCGGGAAAAAAGAGAAAGGAAGAACAGAAACAAAAGGAGAAAUAUGAGAAAACCAAAGAGCAGAAAGGCAGAACUGACACUGAAAAGCAAAAACAGCACAAGAAAGCUUACACAGGGCAAAAAUCUUAUUCUUGUAAAAUUUGUGAUAAAAUCUUUUCUCAAAACAGUAACUUGAUGAGACACAUGAUAACUCACACAGGACAAAAACCUUUCACUUGUUCAACCUGUGGGAAAAGUUACAUACAAAAGGCUGGUUUAAUUUGUCACAUGAGAAUUCACACAGGUGAGAAGCCUUUUUCCUGUGGGACUUGUGGAAAAAGUUUCACCAAAAAAGACACUUUAAAAGUUCAUAUGAGAAGUCACACAGGUGACAAGCCUUUCUCUUGUGGGACCUGUGGAAAAAGUUUAAUCUGUAAAGGCCAAUUAAAUGUACAUAUGAGAAGUCACACAGGUGAGAAGCCUUUCUCUUGUGGGACCUGUGGAAAAAGUUUCAUCUGUAAAGGCCAAUUAAAUGUACAUAUUAGAAAUCACACAGGUAAAAAGCCUUUCUCAUGUGUGACUUGUGGAAAAGGUUUUCGAAGCAAAUAUGAGUUACAGAGUCACAUGAAGAUUCACACAGGUGAAAAGCCCUUUUCUUGUGUAAAUUGCGGAAAAAGCUAUCGAAUGAAGUGUUAUUUGCACAGUCACAUGAGAAUUCACACAGGUGAAAAGCCCUUUUCUUGUGUAAAUUGCAGAAAAAGCUAUCGAAGCAAAUCUAAUUUAAAUCGUCACAUGAGAAAUCACACAGGUGAGAAGCCUUUCUCAUGUGUGACUUGUGGAAAAGGUUUUCGAAGCAAAUAUGAGUUACAGAGUCACAUGAAGAUUCACACAGGUGAAAAGCCCUUUUCUUGUGUAAAUUGCGGGAAAAGCUUUAAAAGCAAAUCUAAUUUAAAUUGUCACAUGAGAAAUCACACAGGUGAGAAGCCUUUCUCAUGUGUGACUUGUGGAAAAAGUUUUCGAAGCAAAUAUGAGUUACAGAGUCACAUGAAGAUUCACACAGGUGAAAAGCCCUUUUCUUGUGUAAAUUGCGGGAAAAGCUUUAAAAGCAAAUCUAAUUUAAAUUGUCACAUGAGAAUUCACACAGGUGAGCUUAAUUUCUCAUGAACAAGCUGAUAAAAGUUAUUUUUCUAUAAAUGGCAAAUAACUUAUCACAUGAAGACUCACACAGGUAGAAAGCCUUUUUCUUGUGUGACUUGUGAAGAAAGCUUCCGCAGCAAAUUUAGUUUAAAUCGUCACAUGAUGUUUCACCGGUGAGGAGCCUUUCUCAUGUAGCCUGUGGAAAAAGUUUCACUCAAAAAAAAAAAAAGAGUUUAACUGUA